AUACGCAUUGUCUCGACAAAAUCAAACCCCCCAAUAAGCUAAUACCCUCUCGAAAACCCCUCCGCCCUCUGUUCUUAUCUCUGUUCAGAUCGAAAGAAAAAGUUUGAUUUUCUUCCUCUCUUUGAAGCUAAACUCUCAUGGAUUGGAAAUCUCUAUUGGAAGAACAAAAUGAAGAUGAAGAAAACAACUGAAGUUUCAGAAGAAGGUACAACUGCUACAGAUUUUGUAAAAAACACAAAUAAUUUUGUAAGGAAUUCUUCAGAAAAAGAAAAGAAUUUGAAGCUUCAGAAGAGGAAAGUAAGGAACCUUGGGGUAAGAUUGAAGAAAGAUGGUGGGAAGAGAAGUGGACCUGUUACUCCUUUAUUGAAGUGGAAGAUUGAUGAUAAAGAAGAAAUAGAAAAAGAAGAAGAAGAAAAUGUUUGUGAGGAAGGUUAUGAGAUUGAGAAUGAUGCUGAUAAAAUGGAGAAAUCAGGUAAGAAAGUGAAAGGGAAAGUGGGUGUGGUUUCGGCGAGGAAGCUUGCUGCUGGAUUAUGGAAGUUACAGAAAUUACAAGAGGUUAAUGAUGCUGAAGAAGAUGGUCUAAGUUCGCAUAAGAAGCUUAAUGAUCGAUUAGGGUUUGAGGCUGGUGUCGAGCACGUAGGUUCGCCGUUUUUCUUUCACAGCAAGAGCGCAGAAGUGGGUUUGGACCAUACAGAUUUUUCACUCUGUGCUGCUGGUGUUUCUAAAUCGAAGAAUGAAAAUCAACACAAGGUCAAAACGUCAUUCUCAUUCUCCAACUCUGCUAUGGAGGGGGCAACAAAGUGGGACCCCGGCUGCUCCAAAACAUCUGAUGAGGUCUUCAAGUUUUACGGUCAGGUCAAGCUUCUCGAAGAUCAACACAAGGCAUCUGUUUCUGUUGUUUCCUCGGUGCAAGCAGAACUUGAGCGGGCUCGAAAUCGGAUUCAUGAACUCGAGAUGGAGCGCCAGUCAACAAAGAAACAGUUUGAGCACAUUAUCAGGAACCUCAAAGAAGAAAAGACUUCAUGGAGGAGCAGAGAGCACGAGAAGGUGCGUGCAAUAAUUGAUGAUAUGAAGGAUGAAUUAACCAGAGAAAAGAAAAAUCGUCAAAGGUUGGAAAUUGUUAACUCAAAAUUGGUCAAUGAGCUGACAAGCACCAAAAGAUCUACCAAGCAUCUAAUGCAUGAUUAUGAAAAAGAAAGAAAAAAUAGACAGCUAAUGGAGGAGGUUUGUGAUGAACUUGCAAAGGAAAUUGGAGAAGAUAAGGCUGAAGUAGAAGCACUGAAGAGAGAAUCCAAUAAAAUUCGUGAAGAAGUUGAGGAGGAGAGGAGAAUGUUACAAAUGGCUGAGGUUUGGCGUGAAGAAAGAGUCCAGAUGAAACUGCUUGAUGCAAAACUAAUACUCGAACAAAAAUAUUCCCAGUUGAACGGGCUAAUGGAAGAUUUAGACAGAUUUCUCAGUUCAAGAACUGGGACCACAGAUUCUAUGGGGAUGAGAGAAGCUGCGAUCCUGAGAAAUGCAGUUAACUCGGUAAAUAUUCAGGAUGUAAACUUCUCUUAUGAACCUCCAAAUUCAGAAGAUAUCUUUUCUGUUUUUGAAGAGCUCCAGCAUGGUGGAGCUAAUGAAAGGGAAAUUCAACAGGGCUUGGAUUUCAGUCCUAAGGUAAACGAGUUUAAGAGAAACUCCGUGGAGAGAUAUUCAAAUGGGUAUGUCGAUCAUCAAGGAGAAAUAGAAGAAGAUGGAAGUGGUUGGGAAACCGUGAGUCAUGUUGACCAGGGCUCAAGUUAUUCCCCUGAAGGGAGUGAAUUAUCUGUUGACAGGAGCAACAGAGAUAGUUAUGCAUCAGGAAGUGUUAUUGGAUGGAAAGGGAAUGGUGGCAACGGAAGUCCAAAUUCCCAAAUCAGUGAAAUAUGCUCUUCAUCACCUGCAAAGAAGUCAAAAAAGAAAGCUUCGUCCAUAUCCAGGCUUUGGAGGUCAAACCCAAGAAACAGUGAAAAGUACAAGAUAAUUUCCGUUGAAGGGAAAAAUGAAAAGAUUUCUAACGGAAGAGUAUCUAAUGUUGGAGCAAUGAACUCUUCCGAAUCGGGUGAAGGUGGGUUCAGCUCUCCAAGUAUGGUGAGCCUACAAUGGAGCUCACCUGACUUGGGAAAUCCUCAGAUGAAAGGAGGAACAAGAGGCUCCAUUGAACGAAAAAAAGCCGACGACCAGGAGAAUUUGAAAGCUAAGUUUUUAGAGGCAAGGCUUGAAGUCCAAAGAUACCAGUUUCAGGGAGCUUAUAGGAAGAUAAAAAAGCAGCAGCCGUAGGCCCAUAGUAUAUGCAGGCGGCUGGAUCAACCUUUCAUAUACCACGCUCUCAUAUCUGAACUUGAAUAUCCCUCAGCUGAAGAAUGCUCCAAAUAGGAGAUAUAUGGUCAUAUCUUUUGAGUUGUGCUGCACUGUUUUCUACAGCAAGUUGUUUCUAAAAUAUAAAUGCAAAAUCCGCAGUAAAAUCUAUAGCUUGUAAAAAUGGAAAUGGAAAAUGGUAAUGAACAACGCCAUCUAAAUAGGUGCCUCUCAGAUCAGAUGGCAAAGUCAUACUUGUACCUGAAUUCGAAAUUCGCGCAGACUCUCUAGACCAAAAGUGUAA